CGUCUUUCCGUAUACCCCGUGAUAUCCAAAACAACACAACAAAGUGGGAGAAACAUGGCGAGCGGAGAGGAGGCCAGAAGACGCCCCUCGGUUACCUCCUCUUCGGUCGGCCUUGAGGCUCUGUUCCCCGCGGGGACAUCGGAGCAGGGCUGCGGGAACCCGGAGCUGGUCCGUCUGCGGGAGCGUCUCCAGGGCUGGCUGUCUCAGUAUGAGCCGCUGCUGCUGUGGGUGCAGAGGCUGCUGGUGUGGGAGAGGCCGUUGUACAGCAUCUCUGUCGCCCUCACUCUCAACACAUUAUUCUGGCUGCUGUCCUCCACCUCCCUGCGGCCUCUGUUCCUGCUGAGUGUGUCCCUGCUGGGACUCAUGCUGCUGGAGAGAUGGAAGCCCAAGUUGCCCAUGAUUACUGUUCAGCAUGCAGAGGCUCAGCCCGUACAAAGUGACACAGUGAGUGUGGAGCCGCGUUUGCUCAGCGUUCCUGAGCUCAGCCACCAUCUGGCUGAAAGCUACCUGACCUACUGCAUGUACCUGCAGGAGAUGCUGCAGUACAAACGACAGAACCACGGCAAGUUUUGUGUGAUGAUGUGCAGCGGCUGUUUUGUACUUGCCGUGGUCGGACAUUAUGUACCAGGAAUCAUGAUCUCCUAUAUUAUUGUCCUGAGCGUGCUGCUGUGGCCGCUGGUGGUGUACCAUGAGCUGAUCCAGAGGAUGUACACGGGCCUGGAGCCGAUCCUGAUGAAACUGGAUUACAGCAUGAAGGGAGAUACUGAGCCCCGCAAGCACGACAAGAGGAAAGUGAAGAAGGAGGUGGAGGAGGGGGAUGAGCCAAGAGCUGAAACAGAGAGCGAGAGUGAGGAGGAGCUGUCCUGUUUCGCCCCGACGGUUGAUGUGAAGACCACAGCUCUGGCAAUGGCCAUCACAGACUCAGAGCUGUCAGAUGAGGAGGCGUCCAUCUUGGAGAGCGGAGGGUUCUCAGUGUCCAGAGCGACCACUCCUCAACUCACUGACGUCUCUGAAGACCUGGACCAGCAGAGUUUACACAGUGACCCAGAGGAGGCCUACCUGCGGGAUCUCCCCGAGUUCCCCUCAGUUGAGGAGUUCCCGUCCAUCGAGCACAACCUGCUCCACUUCCCUCUGCGUGGCCCCGGCCAAGCUGACGGCGCCCAGGCUGGUGCUCAAUCAGAGAGCGAACCGCUGAGCCCCGCCAGCCUUCUCAUCCAGCACCUGGCAUCUCCGCUCCACUUUGUGAACACACACUUCAACGGACAUGGACGACCACCUGGGGGUGUGGAGGCCGUGUUGCCUGGUGCGGGGGAGGAAGCGGGGCGGCAGGAGGGAGAGGAGAAGGAAGCCGAAGUAGGUCAGGGUGUACAACAGUCCUUGGAAGCCUUGAGCGAGGAGAUAGUGAGUACGGCCAUCUCCACUGUGGUGCAGAACACUCUGUCGGCUCUGCUGCGCUCCAGCGAGGCCAGCGAGGAGCCCUCUCUGGCUGAGUUCCUUCCUACUGAAACCCCACCAAGCGCUUUGGAGAUCUCCACCACUGCUAACACUACAGUUACUACAAUAGGGGUGUCUAGGGCUGACGAGGAUGAGGCGAUUACGACGGAAAGCGGCAACGGCGAGGAGAUACCUGACGACACACUAGUUCCGACCGAGGAAGAGGACUUUGAGCUUCUGGACCAAAGUGAACUGGAGCAGUUGGAUGAGGGGUUGGACCUCAUCUCUGACGGACAGGCGGGGGGAGAAGCUCCAGAGACGCCUCUGUCUCCUCAUCAUCAACCGCAGUCAUAGCUUCCCUGUUGCCUCCCCCUGAACCCCCUCUGUCUGUUUUUAUUUGUACGUUAGACCGUCAUUAUAUCCGUACAUACCGCUACAUACAAAACAUUUAUCAAAGAGUUUGGAGUUUAAAACUGUUGGUCGGUGAUAGAGUGGCAUAUGGUUGAGAUUACUCGGUGAUCACAUGACAAGGGUCUGUUCAGCCUCGGUACCAUUUCUCGUGGCCUGCUGGUGUCCUGUUUAGGGCUGAACUGGUUCAGGUUAACAGCUUUGUUGUCAGGGGUUUGCAAAGCAUUUUAUAUUUGGUUUUGCUCGAUCGUCAAACGCUGAAAUCUGCUUGAUAAAUUAGCGGGCACAUUUCUCACUGCGCCGUGAAAAACCUGCCUUUAUUUUUUCUAUCGUGGCGAAGAGCUUAACCCUUCCACCUUGUUUUCCUUCAGAUGUUUAUCUAGAUGGUAUUAUGACGAGUUGAAAUGUUGGAUUAUAUAUCUAUUAAUAUAUGCUAUAAAUUAUUUAAUUUAACAGUCAGUUGAUGAAACAGUCUGACAGAAAAUUGAAUCCCUUCAGUUGCCCAUAAUGAUUGUAUGGUAAUUGUUUUAAUGAUGACAUCAUGGACGUCCAGGUUUGAAAUGUAGUUUCGUAUACCCAGUUAGUAAAACAGUAGUAUUAUCCUUCACUUUAUCCUUCCCUCCAAGGUUACAGUUUGGACCACAGACUGUAUGUAAAGAUGGACGAUGCGUCUUUACUUCCUCCCACAGUACAAAAAUGAGGCCAAAAUAUUUAAUUCUGUGGUAUGCACCCCACUGCAUAUGCGCAGUGGUGUUUCUCCUGUUGGCCCCGCCCACGAGUUCCUGCUCAAUUUUACAUAGUGAUGUCACAGAUUUUUCAGUUGAUAUUUUAAUUUAAUUAAUUUAUUUUUUUCGGCCUGAGGAAAGUUUUGCUUUUAUAAAACCUCCAUGGAUUAAAAAUGCAUAACAAAAAAAGUCAUAAUUGACCUUGUUUUCAGUUUGAAGUAUGCUGUCAGCAGUCUUACAAAUGUCUCUUUUACAAUUUUGAUCUAUGGGAAAAUGAUUUUUGAGUCAAAGGGUAUUUUUUCGCUUAAAAUAAAGGCAGUUAAGGGUAGCGUGAAGGUUACAUCUUGUUACUUGUGAAUCAUGUUCAUGUAAAAUGAAUUAUAAAGUAGAUUGUUGCUACGUUUUCUUCAUAUUUGUUCAGUAUGACGUUCUACAAUGUUGAACUAGCGGUAGGCAUGGUUUUUAAGAGCGUGCCAUGGAUGCAACAAACAGAAUGUGUCUUAAGCUACAAGUCUCAGCGGCAUCAAGUUACUGCCUAUACACCCACCCAACCAAUCACAAGCAGCGCCGAUGAUUGUGGGCACACCGAUUGGCACAAACAACUGUCAAUCAUUUCAUUGUAACUAAAUAAAACCAAACUGAUGAGAAAAUCAAACGCUUGAACAUACAGCAACGUGAUAAGAACCACACAAAAUGAAAAAUUAGUUGGACGUGUAAUCAGAUUUUUUAAAUUCGUCCCAUGUCCUAUUUAUUUAGGUGACGGGGGCAGGGUUUAUGACCCAUAUUGACACCAGCCACUACAUAUUUUGGCUUCACUUUUUGGGAGCUGUCAUGUCGUCCAUCUUUAUAUACGGCCUUUGGUUUGGGCAGAAGCAUUCGGUCAUUGGUGGUCUUUCACUUGUUGCCUGGAAAAUGGAAACUUUGACAUUGUUGGAUGUUGACAAGUCGUUGAUCUUUACCCGUACACAUAAGUGACUUUGUGGCAAGAUAAAAGAAAUGUUCCCGAAUCUUUUCUCUGUGAUUGAUGCCUCGAUUGUAUUCUUCUUUGCAAACAGAAUUUAAUUUCAUACAUCCACAUGUAAUUGUCCCAUAAGUCAUUAAAUUUAUUCUUGAUCUCAGUUAAAAGACACACUGUUUGUUAGAUAGGCCCGUCUAUACCCAACUAUUUGUUACAUGUAUAGUCAUCACUGGGAUCUGUAUAUUUACCAAAUAACCUCCUUUGUGCCACGACAAGUCCAUGCAUGCCAUGCAUCACGCAUGUAUUUACCAUGAUCAAUAUUUGAGGUCAGUCUUCAAAGGAGUGUUACCGUUCCUGGAGCAGAUUUUGUUUCUGUUUUUGGAGGGACAUAACAACACAUUGUGUAUCCGGCCGCUGCUGGGGAUUUAUGGAAAGUUUUUGACAAAAAGAAAUCUAUGCUCGACUGUAUAAAGAGGCCGUUUUUGCUUUUGUAAACCACUCAGCAUCCAAAUCUCAGGGGUGGGUUGUACAAAUUGAAUAUAACAUUGCAGAAUAUGUGUCCAUUUCCAGACUUGUCGUAGUGCACUGUAUUUGUACUAACCUUUCCUUUUUUCAGUCAAUGCCUCCUUGUGUAUAGUGUAGAAAUGCUAAAAAAAGGAACGUGUAUAUUCUGCAUGUAAAAACAGCACUCUGUUCAAGUUCUCCUUGUCAGCUGACAAAGUACUGCACAAUUUGUGAGAAAAAAAAGUCAAUUUUAAUGUUUCAGGUGAAAAGAGCCUGUUGAAUUCAGUUUGUUACAUAUUUAAUUACUGACAUGGGGAGGAAAGUUUUGAUGUAUCCUCAUUUUUCAGACUGCCCAGCUGUAAAUGUAAGCGGGUGGCGAGUGGUAACAUCAGAUUCAGUGAAGGAUAUUAACAGACUAGUUUGUGUAUGGUAGUAGUGUGUUUUAUGCUUAAAAAUAUCGCUUCUUGAACUAUAAAAAAGGCACUUACUGAACUGUACAAUUUUAAAAAAAGGAAUAUAUUUUCUAAUUUCUCCUUUUUCCAUAAAGUACUCAGUUUGAUCUUUUACAUCUAAAAAUAUAACAGCUACGGACGGGUUUCACAAAGCGGAAAAGAUUUAUUGUCAUUAAACUGGUAAAAUAAAACUGCAACACCACAUGUGAAAGUAAGAGAAUAAAAGAACAAACUGAAACAAA